AUGAUGCUCCGCAUGCGGCUUCGUAUCCAUCGAUCUCGUGAUCAGUUGCACCGUCUUCAGUACUCAGCGGCUUCUACUUUAUCUUUGUCUUCUUCUUCUGCAUCUUCUACUUCAUCUACCACUUCCACGGGCUCUGACUCGUCCUCUGGAGCCAAUGGGAGCGGAGAAAAAGAACCUAAAUACAAGCCUGGAUGGUUCAGUCGUAACCCGGGCGUGACGCUAGGCGGUAUCCUCUUGGGUAUUGGACUUUAUAUCUACAGAGGUUCUAGAGGAAAGAAAAACUUUGAGGCAUUGCAGAAUCCCAUUGCAGAGGCAGCGGUUAUCUCACCCUAUGAGGCUUGGGAACUUCGCAGCAACAACAACAUUACAUCUAAAGUCUUUGAAGACAUAAGGGAUGGAGUGACAAGGGCAUUUCCUGAAGGCAAGGCAACAAUGCAGCAUUUUGACCAAUAUCUCGGCUUCAAGCUCGCUCAAGCGUGUUCAACGGGCGUGAACAAGGCCUAUCAUCUAGAAAGAGUGUUGAUGAGUCUAAACUCGGACGCGGACCACAAGAGUGACGUUGAUGCGCAAAUGGUAGCCUUCUCUUUGGCCGUCAAGGGAAACGUAGAUGAACGUUUGCGGAUUCUGUUCAACUUGGCAACAAAAGCGCCGGCAGGUGAAGCGCUCACGACACUUGCAGAAGACAAGAUAGAGAAGAUCGACACACGUGAGAUUUCCCAGGAGCAGUUGGAGCGAUUGAUUGAGCUGCUGCUUGAGACGUACCAGAUUCCGUCCGAGAAGCGUGUGCUGGCUGUAGAAGAUGCCAAGUUUCCAUUCCAAGAGUAUAUUGUAGCAACUCCGUCCGAUAUGCUCAAGGCUGCUGUACAGGGUCAAGUAAAGGACAAGAAGAUCACGGAAGAGGAAGCACGGGAGCGCCAGACGUACACGUUCGACGCCUUUUCGCAAAUCAUGCGUGGCAAGACCGUGUGUUUGUGGGGUGAAUGUUUUUCCAACAGCAAGAAGAAAAUGAAGAAUUGA